AGAGCGACAGAGGGGGAAGGGGCGGCUCAGUGAGCGUCAGAUUGGAUGGAGCCGAGAAAUAAAAUCUAAUGUGUGGCGCUCAGCUGGAGACAGAGUGAACGGAGAGAGAAGGAAGAAAGAAAACACAAAGGGGGUCAGACUGGAGCCGGAUCCGGACCCGGAGCCGGAGCCGAGGCUGAGGCGAGUCGACAGGAAAACACACAAGAGAGAGAAGGAGGCUGAGAGGAGCCUCAACAAGGCAUGUGUCUGGUUUCACCGCUCGGCCACACGUGAAGAGGAGCAGAAGAAAACGGGGAAACGGUUUCUUCCCCCCCCCGACCCCCCUCCACCACCACCACCACCACCACCACCACCUCCACCCCCCCUCCGCCCCCUCGUCCUCCGUCCUCCGUCCUCCUGCCUCCGCCCUGAAUGAUUGAAGCCAUGCCCAUCGCGUCUGCAAGCACGGGGCUGCAUGAGACUCUGGCCUUGCUCACCUCUCAGCUCCACCCCGACGCCAACCACAAAGAGGACCUGGUCUUCCUCAAGGACGUCUUCAGCGAGAAGAGCAUCGGUUACCUCAUGAAGAUCCAUGAGAAGCUGAAGCAGUACGAGCAGCAGAGCCCGACGCCGGUCCUGCACAGCGCCUCCUACCUGGCAGAGGACCUGGCCGAGGAGCUUCAGAGUGGAGCCCUGGAGGAGGACGAGAGAGAACUGCUGCUCCUGCUGAGCACUCCUCACCUUAAGGCCGUGCUGUCAGCGCACGACACAGUUGCACAGAAGAAGUUUGACCCGGUGCUGCCGCCACUGCCGGAUGAUCUGGACGACGACCUGGAGGAAGAGUCGGUGAAGAUCGUCCGUCUGGUGAAGAACAAGGAGCCGCUGGGAGCGACCAUCCGGAGAGACGAGGCCACGGGGGCUGUAAUCGUGGCCAGAAUCAUGAGGGGAGGGGCGGCCGACCGCAGCGGUCUGGUGCAUGUAGGGGAUGAGCUGCGAGAGGUCAACGGAAACCUGAUCACACACAAAAGGCCGGAUGAAAUUAGUCAGAUUCUGUCCCAGUCACAAGGCUCCAUCACGCUGAAAAUCAUCCCGGCUGUCGCAGAAGAAGACAAACUGAAGGAGAGCAGGGUGUACCUCAGGGCUUUGUUUGACUACACGCCUUUCGAGGACAAGGCCACGCCAUGUCAAGAGGCAGGACUUCCCUUCAAGAGAGGGGACAUCCUUCAGGUCGUCAGCCAGGAGGACGCCACCUGGUGGCAGGCCAAGAAGGUGGGCGACCCUAACCUCCGAGCCGCCCUCAUCCCCUCCACGCAGUUUCAGGAGAGGCGCCUGAGAUACAGAAUGAAAGUGGGUUCCUUCCCUGCUCCCACGUCACCAAAGGCUCCUCCGUACGAUCGGACUGACAAAGAAGACUGUGACAGUAAAGGUUCUCUGAACGGAAAGGACGUAGGUGAGGAAACACAAUCAAGUAAGGCAGCCCCUGUCUUCUGUGGCCAUGCUUUCUCAUGGGAUUUUUACUCAGCUAGCCUGCGCCGAAGCUUCCGCCACAAGAAAGAUCGCCAGGGUUCGCCGGGAGAGCCGCAAACUCCUGAUGCCAAUCACACGGAGUUCCUGAUUUAUGAGGAAGUCAUGCAGUAUCUGCCGCGCCCUGGUGACAGGCCCCGUCUUAUCGUACUGAUAGGUUCACUGGGAGCUCGCAUCACUGAGCUCAAACAGAAGGUGAUCGCGGAGAAUCCUCGACAGUACGGUUUGGCUGUGCCUCACACGACUCGAGCCAGGAAGAGUCACGAGAGAGAAGGAGUGGAGUAUCACUUUAUCAGUAAGGCAGCGUUUGAGGUCGACAUCCAGAACGGGAAGUUUAUUGAAUACGGAGAGUACAAGGAGAAUCUGUACGGCACCAGUUUGGAGUCUAUUCACAGAACUUUGGAGCAGAACAAGCUCUGUCUGGUGGACGUUCAACCUGAGGCACUGAAGACUUUACGGAACGCAGAGUUCAAACCAUACGUCAUCUUUGUCCGGCCUCGCAUCUACGACGGUCGAAGAAAACAGUUUGGAUCCAGCUCCUCACUCAGCGUUGGGGUCACGGAGGACGACCUGCAGGAGAUGAAGCAGUCGGCCGAGCGGAUGGACGAGUGCUACGGCCACUGGGUGGACUACGUGUUGGUGAAGGAGGACCCGGUCAGUGCCUUAGCGGAGCUGCAGGAGGCGCUGGAGAGGGUGCAGAUGGAGGCUCAGUGGGUGCCUGUGUGCUGGGUGAGGCGUUAAGGGGUCCGGCCUUUUCCUGCCAUAUUUAGAACCGCAAGGGCCGAGCGGAGGAGCCACCGUCCUCGAAGUCUGCGGCGACCUCGCUUCCUCAUGAGUCUGAACAUCCAACAAGGUCGACGUUAAAAACGACCACGUGGGGGCGUCCUGAUCUUUAUUAUUAGAAUCUGAAUCCCUGUAGCGUCAAACAUGUCUUAUUCUACUACUAAUACUUAUACUAGAAACCAGAAGAAGAGUUUCCUGGAGACAAAUCUUCCACAUUAACUCUGACUUAAAGAAAGACCGGAUCGGGACAUCCCUACCUACUACAUCCAGUAUCACGUCUCCAGUAGACGCGCCUCAGCUAAAGGCUAAAGUGUUAAGACGCCCAAUGUAACAGCAGCUAUAAUGUGAAGUGCCAUAUCGAACGUGUUGAAUUUAGAUCAUUUGUGAAGCAAAAAAAUGAUUAAAUAAAUGAAAUCUGCUAAAGCUG